AAGCUGAUCUCUGAGUUCAAGGCCAGCCAGGGCUACAUAGAGAAACUCCGUCUCUAAGAAUGAAAACAAAAUAUGAGGUCUAGGGUGUAAUGUAUUAGAGUCGGGCUGUUGGCAGUCGUCAGCCUCGGUUUCCUUGUAUUAAAGCAGAAAAGACUUGAAAUAAUGACCAUGGUGCAUGUGACCACAUUAUCCAGUGCUGGCCACUCUGUUUCCUCCUAGGUUAUUGGGACUAUCCAAAGAGAUAACACAGUGGCAAACAGCUUUAAGAUGGACUUCCUUAUUGAUUUAAAAUGUGUUUGAACUAUUCCACACUUAAAGUUUUGAACCUCGUGUGACGCUGGCUAGAGAACUUUGAAGGCUUCAGGUCCAUGUUAGUGCCUGAACAAUGGCCUUGCUAACGUGUCCUUUUCUUUAAGACACUGUGAUUGUGGCUCAUUUUUGCAUGAGGUUUUUUACAGUUAGUUGAACAGGGCCAUUGUAAUUGCCCAAGCCACUACCCAAUUCAAAAGAUGGCCGAAAGCAUACCGACUGUUUCCCCCGUAGCCACUUCUUCAUAUGAAAAGGAUUUAAAAUAUCCUCACAUGCACGGUUAAGGCACGCUCUGUUAGACAGCCUUGUUACCUGGAGGGGGAAGAAAUUAUCUUUGGCAUCCCAUCAUCGCCAGGCACUGUUUGAAGCAAGCGACCAAGCACAUUGGCUUGUGGUCCUGUGGUAAGUUAAGCAACUGGAAGUGACUGCUUGUUUCUGGCUAGCACGCAAAUAAAUUUUGUGUGGCUUAUUUUAAUUCUACAAGUGUCAUUUUGUUUUCGAUGAAGCUCAGUUGGUAGGUGCUUGUCUAGGGCUCAGGAAGCCCUGGGUUUAAUAACCGAUGUUUAUCGCUACGACUGCGUAAACCAGAUGUUCACGUGGUAAGGCACAUUCUAAUUCCAGCACAAGAGGAGCGAGGGCAGGAAAGUCAGGAGUUGAGGGUCAUCCUCAACUAUGUAGUCACAUGGAACUACAUGUAGUCGCAAGCAUGCACACACAGGAGAUUAAGAGCAUACGUAUGUACAUGUGAGAGAGAAACGACAUAGAGUUAAGAUGGGGGUGGGAGGCUUGGGGGCACAGAAGGAGUUAAGAGGGGUGGGUGGGUGAGUGUGAAAGUAAGUUUGACCGAAACAAAAAUUUAUUCAAAUUAAAGACUUUAGUUUUGUUUUUAUGGAGUUUUUAUCUAAUUUUCUUGCUUUAUAUAAAUAUCCUUUUGCCUGUAUAGGUGAUUUCUCUGAGGGUCUGAGGCCAGCCUGGACUAGAUAGUUUGUUCUGGCAUAACCUGAGAUAGACACCCUCACCCCAAAAUUUUUGUAUUUAUAUUCAGUUUGUUGCAGUGCUGGGGGGCUGAUCCUGGGGUCUUGUGUAGGUCAGGAAAACAGCGUGCCACUGUUCCGUAUCUCCCAACUCUUAAAUAUGCCCGUGUCCUUGGAUUUUCUUUUUUUCUUUUUUUUCUUUUUUUUGAGAUGCCAUUUCACUGUGACGCCACCGUGGCCUCAUGGGUCUGCACUUUCGGCCUUCCAAGUAGCCAAGGUUCAGAUGUGAGCUGCCACUUGAUUGUUGGCUCGUGCCUACCUACAGCUUACUGCUUGCAGGGUGUAUGUGACUCGGGGUAGGGCUCCGGGAGGGGGUUAAAUUCCUUCACUUGGUCCCCUUCAUUAUGCUCAUGACUCCAGGACAUAGGGUUUGUUACAUAGAGAUUUUUUUUUUCUUGGAAAGAGUAAAAAUUAAACUAAUACUUUGAAUAUUUUUCCUUUAGCAUAUUUCUGGUAUAAGAGUUUGCUGCCGUGGCUUGCUUGAUUGAUUGUUGAUUGAUUGAUUGAUUGAUUGACAGGGUUUCCCUCUAUUGCCCUGACUGUCCUGGAACUCAACCCUCAGACUAAGCUGCCUCUGCCUCCUGAGUGCUGGGAUUAAAGGUAGGUGCCACCACUGCCUGGCAUGGGGUUACUUUAGUUGUGUAUGUGUGAAAGACAGGGUCUUGUGUUCCAGCUGGCCUCCAACAUGCUGUGUGAUGGAGAAAGACCUCUUGAUUCUCUUCCUUCUGCAUCCCUAAUGCUCCAACUUGUUCCGUAGCAUUUAUGCAGGGCGUAAAUCCAUGACCUCAUGGAGCCUACGCAGGUGCUCCACCCACUGAGCUACACCUUCAGCCCAAACUUUGUUUUUCUUUUCAUUUUAAAAUGUGUACGGGUUUUUCGUGUGUGUGUGUGUGUGUGUGUGUGUGUGUGUGUGUGUUUGCUUGCGUGUGUUUGCACGAGUGUCUGUGUCUGUGUACCAUAUUUGUGUGGUUCCCAAAAAAAAGGGUCUGAUUUCUCAGACUGGAGUUCCAGUCAGCUUGUGAGUCUCCAUGUUGGAAUAGGGAACCAAAUCCUGCCCCCUUGAGAGAGCAGCCAGUACUCUUAACUUCUGAGUCAUCUCUCCAGCCCUAUAUGAUAUUUUGGGAAAAGCCUAUAUAACGCUUGUUAUUUUCUUCUUCAUCCUUCUCCUACACUUGUGGGAAUAUUGGUUCUUGGGGUACCACUGCUGUGUGCUACCCGUUGGCUACUCCUUUUUCAGCACCAUGGCCAUAUUAAUGUUUGGCAACAUAGUAUGUGUGUUACACUAAAUACAACAAGGCAGUAACAAGACCGUCUUCUGAUGAGUCUUGGGCAGGGCUUUGAUGGAGAAUUUCUGCUGAGAUGUUAUUUUGAGACUUCUUCCCUAACUAAUAUAUUUUCUGUUUCAUGUGUGGUUGUCUUAGAUACAAACUAAAGCCACAACUUCAGAAGAGGGGCUGUCGUUUACAUGCGGAAAGUAAAUACAUUGGAAGGGUGUCCAUUUUCUGACAGUCAGGGAAGAAAUUGUCAGUGUAGUCCGUAAGCUGGGAGAGAUGUGCUUUAUGGGGGCCUAUUUCAUCAAAGGGUGGUGAUAAAGGGAAGACUCCUGUAGUUAAAACACAGCCUCAUCUGCCUGUCCCACCCUCUUUAUGGACGAAUACCGUCUUCAGUAUAGCCUGAAAUGUAGGUUUUCGUUCCCACCACGCUAGGCUGUGUUCUUUAUUCCCUCCUGGCACUUCUGGUUUGUAAAACUGGCUGAGCCUGUCUGUGCUGUUGUAGCUGCCCGAGGGCACAGUUGAGUAAGUUACAGGACCAGCCUUGCAGUAAACCAGGAGGCGUAGGCUCCGUGCACCUUCUCUCAGCACCAGAUGUGGCAGCAACUAAUCCAAAAUGUCAUGGGCCUUGAUGCAAGAAAGUGUUGGUGCUAAAGCAUUAGGAAACCCCCUAGGGCUGGGGACAGCUCACCAGUGGUGUAGUCCUAACACGCACAAGAAACAGGAAAGAAACCCCUUCCCUUUGUUGUUUGCGUUCAACUCUGGUGAGGAAACAGACCGAGCGUAUGUAAGGAGGUACGCGCACACAUGUGUAAGGAUGGGGUUUGGGCACGGGACUUGUAAAAGUUGCUACAGCUUCGAGCUGCUGGUCUCUAUGGUGGCACAAUGGGAAAUGCGGUGGUAUGUAUUAUAUAGAACCGUCUAAGCCAAAGGCCUGGGACAUAGUCUUAAUUAAAAGUGAGAAUUUAGUAAAACGAUCCUUUAGCUGCCAAUCUGUUUCAUUAUAAAAAAAGAGACCGUACUCCUACGUUUGAUCUUUCUCCUAUAAAUUUGAUAUCUUUUUCUCAAAAUACUGCUCAAAGUAAAAACAGAUUGAGCAAAGCCUUUCUAACUUAGCAGGGACUUCUGUGUUCAGUCAAAGUGUGGCUGUUACAAUUCCAGUCCCUUCACCUACAAUGGAAAAGCUGAGUUGGGAAACAUCUCUGAAUUCUAGCUACUUCUUAUUGUUGGUGUUGAUGUCUCCUCCCUGAUGAUUCGAUAUCUUGUAUAGUGAAGGAAACACACACAUACACUCAGAGGGGGGUGGCGGGAGGAGAAAGAGAACCAAACCUACUUGGAUCCCAGUACUCGGGAGGCAGAGGAAUCGAGGGUUCAAGGCUAGGGUGGUCUAUAAGCGAGUUCCAGACCAGGCAGAACUACAUAAGUGAGACUUGUCUCAAACAAAGAAACAAAUGUCAAAUCUGUGCAUGAAAAGAAAACUGUAGCUCAGUCUCUCGUCAACAGGCCUGUGUGUACAUGAUGAAAGUGGGAGGUCCUGGGGCUGGUCCUUCAUGGCCUCUCAGAGAAGAGAGCCCCCAUCCUGGAGGCAGCCUGCAGCUCUGCACAGCGGUAUCCCCAGCAGACUUGGGAAAGGAGCUGCACACCCUUUGACUUGAGCGUCCUGGAUUUUCUACGUGACGCCCACAGUGAAUUGUCUGUUGAAAGUGGCUCCCUGUAGGCCGUAAGAACUCUUGAGGGCACACCAUCUUUGUCUUUCCUGGAGCAUCACUGCAAAGUAGUUCUACAGAACUGAAUUUUGAGGAUGAGUGAACUAGAUCAAAGGACGGCGCGGUCCAUGCUCAGGGACUGCGUGUGAUACUAUCGAGAAGACCAGUUUCCUAGGAUGUAGCUGACAGAAUUGCCGACUGUGCCCCAGAGCAGUCCCACAGGCCUAAACUUUGAGAAGAAUGACUCCAUGUCCAGAUACGGAGCCUCCCAAGUUGAAGACAUGGGGAACAUAAUUUUAGCGAUGAUCUCAGAGCCCUACAAUCACAGAUUUUCAGAUCCAGAGAGAGUAAACUACAAAUUUGAAAGUGGCACUUGCAGCAAGACGGAGCUUAUCGAUGGCAACACGGUGGUGAGGGCUCGAGGUUUGCCCUGGCAGUCUUCAGAUCAAGAUAUUGCAAGGUUCUUCAAAGGACUCAAUAUUGCCAAGGGUGGUGCAGCUCUUUGUCUGAAUGCUCAGGGGCGGAGGAACGGGGAAGCUCUGGUUAGAUUUGUAAGUGAGGAGCACAGAGAUCUGGCCCUGCAGAGGCACAAACAUCAUAUGGGGACCCGUUACAUCGAGGUUUACAAAGCAACAGGCGAAGACUUUCUUAAAAUUGCCGGAGGGACAUCCAAUGAGGUGGCCCAGUUUCUCUCCAAGGAAAACCAAGUCAUCGUGCGCAUGCGGGGGCUCCCUUUCACAGCCACGGCGGAAGAAGUGGUAGCCUUCUUUGGACAGCACUGCCCUAUCACUGGGGGGAAGGAAGGCAUCCUCUUCGUCACCUACCCAGAUGGUAGGCCCACGGGAGAUGCUUUUGUGCUCUUUGCUUGUGAGGAGUAUGCUCAGAACGCCCUGAGGAAGCACAAGGACUUGUUGGGUAAAAGAUACAUCGAGCUCUUCAGAAGCACAGCAGCUGAAGUUCAGCAGGUGCUGAAUCGGUUCUCCUCCGCUCCUUUGAUUCCACUUCCCACCGCUCCCAUCAUCCCUGUGCUACCUCAGCAGUUUGUGCCCCCCACAAAUGUAAGAGACUGCGUACGUCUGCGAGGUCUUCCCUAUGCCGCCACCAUAGAAGACAUUCUGGACUUCCUGGGGGAGUUUUCCACAGACAUUCGUACGCAUGGGGUUCACAUGGUAUUGAACCACCAGGGACGCCCGUCAGGAGAUGCCUUUAUCCAGAUGAAGUCUACAGACAGAGCAUUCAUGGCUGCGCAGAAGUAUCAUAAAAAAACCAUGAAGGACAGAUAUGUUGAAGUCUUUCAGUGUUCAGCUGAGGAGAUGAACUUUGUGUUAAUGGGGGGCACUUUAAAUCGAAAUGGCUUAUCCCCACCGCCAUGCCUGUCUCCUCCCUCCUACACAUUCCCAGCUCCUGCAGCCGUGAUUCCUACCGAAGCUGCCAUUUAUCAGCCUUCCCUGCUCUUGAACCCACGGGCACUGCAGCCCUCCACUGCUUACUACCCAGCAGGCACUCAGCUGUUCAUGAACUACACAGCCUACUAUCCCAGUGUUUGAAAGACGCAUGGUGAUCCUGAAACUAUCAGACGAGAACUUCUAGCAAUUUCAGGGGAUGUUUGUCUACACUCAGGCUGCGGAAGUUUCAGCCAACGGAUUGGACAGUGGGCCUGGGCCUUAUCUUUUGGUGGAGUGAAAAAACGUGGAGCCGUGGAAGCCAAAUCUUUAUAGCAAGCAGUGUGCACGAACCUGGCUCCUUGCUGAGUGCAAAUAGGAAUUUAAAUGUGAAUUUGAAGUCAAAGUUCUCACUUCCAGCUAACUGGCAACAUUUAUUUCCUGAGCUGAAGUCUUGGAGUAAAAUACAUUCCAGUAGCAUCUACCAUCCACCAUUAAUUGCUAUGGAAGCCUCAUUGUGUACCCCACUCUUCUGUCUCCCUGUUUUCUGUAAAAUAAAACCCUCUUGCUAAGUAAUUUAAGUGUACGUUCUUAGAAUACUUAAGUCCCAAACUAAAGAAAAGGAAUAAAAUAAAAUUAAUAUUUUCCCAAAUACUAGUUUUCUUCAAUAGGCCAUCAUGGUGCCUUAUUGUUAACAACAAAUAUUUCUAAAAUGUCUCAGGCAGGCUGGGCCCAUCUCCGUGGUAAAGAGCUUGCCUGCCUAGCACACUUGAGCCCUGGGUUUGCAGACCUAUCCCCUGUGUCCUCUCCACAGUGCGCCCUUCCACACGCGCCUUGUUAAAGGCCUUGCUGCGUGUUUUUCUCUGCAGGUAUCCGCUGUAAAUAAGAAUGAAGUAGGGGCCAAAACCUGAAACCAAAAAUGAAGCAGCUCCUUGUAGUCUUAGUUCCUAGUUUGAGCUGUAGCUGACUGCUUGGCUUCCCGUGUAUUAUUUUAUAUUGUGCUUUUGUCAUUGUUAAUGGUUUGGACUUUAAUAAGAGAAAUCCCAUAGUUUUUAAUGUCACAAAAAUAAGCCUAUUUGAACAGUGUAUUCCAGAAAGCAAUAUACUAACCAAAGUGAAUGCUUGUGUGUAUUGAUACCCUUUUCCUCUCUAACGCCUCAACUGUCAAGGAACUAAAACCUUUAAAAGCAUAGGCAUGCUGGCCUGAGGUAAACACUGGUACAGUUAGAGCGGAGGCAGCAGCCCCCGGUGUUCAGCACAGCUUGUCUGAUGUGUUUAUGGCCAGAGUGCAGUAUUCGGCACUGGCUAGUACCGCUGCCUGACCGAACUCCACUGGGAAGUGGUUUGCUUAAACGCACAUGUUUCUUUGUUACUCCUGACCAUGCUUGGAUGCAGUGCCUAGAUUGUGGCUGCUAUUUUUAGUUCGCAUCAUGACCUUGACUGCGGAGUCCAGCCUUACCCUCUUACUUGACAACAGUAGCCCUUAAACUGCAGUGGGAAGAAAGAAGAAUUUGGUAUGAAAAUUGGUGAGCUCUGGCACUUGAGAUAAACAAGAAGAAAGUUCCAACUUGAUGCCUUAAGCCGCUCCUGCCCGAAGCUCUGAAGGACUAAGUUGGCAGAGAUCCUUACUUUGAUACUACUGCAUUUUUUGUAGAAUUGUUACAUUGAUAAUAAAACUUGCCUGCUUAACCUCAA